AUGUCGCCGUUCCCCAUGUCGCGGUUCCUCGUGUCGCCGUUCCCCGUGGCGCGGCUCCCCGUGGCGGCGCGGGGCUGCCGGGGCCCGGCGGCGGCGCCUGCUGCGGGCCGGCCCUGCGGGGAGCCCCCCGCGGAGGCGCGCGCGGCCGCGGUCUAUGUGCACUGGCCCUACUGCCGCCAGCUGUGCAGCUACUGCAGCUUCAACAAGUACGCGGCGCGCGGCGUGGACGAGGCGGCCGUGCGCGCCUGCCUGGUGCGCGAGGCGCGCACGCUGCUGCGCCUGGCCCGCGUGCACAGCGUCACCUCCGUCUUCUUCGGCGGCGGCACCCCCAGCCUGGCCAGCGCGGGCACCGUGGCCGCCGUGCUGGAGGCCAUCGCCGGCACGGCGCUGCUGCCCGCGCGCGCAGAGGUCACCCUGGAGGCCAACCCCAGCUCGGCCGCCGCCAGCCGCCUCGCCGCCUUCAAGGCUGCCGGCGUCAACCGCCUCUCGCUGGGCGUGCAGUCCCUGGACGACGCCGAGCUGCGCCUGCUGGGCCGGGACCACACGGCGGCGGAGGCAGCGGCGGCGCUGGCGGCCGCGCGGCGCCUCUUCCCCGGCCGCACGUCGCUCGACCUCCUCUUCGGGCUGCCGGGGCAGAGCGCGGCGGGCUGGGCGCGCGCGCUGGCGGCCGCGCUGCCGCUCUGCGACGACCACGUGGCGCUCUACGAGCUCACACUGGAGGCCGGCACGCCGCUGCACGCCCGCGUGCGCCGCGGGCUGCUGCCCGCCCCGCGCCGCCGCCGCGCCAUGUACGAGGCCGCCCGCGCCGCCAUGGCGCACGCCGGCUUCCGGCACUACGAGGUGUCCAACUUCGCGCGCAAGGGAGCCCUCAGCACCCACAACCUCUCCUACUGGCGGGCACGGCCCUACGUGGGUGUGGGGCCAGGGGCCCACGGGCGCUUCGUUCCCUGGGCCGAGGGCCUGACGCAGCGUGAGGCCAGGACGCAGACGCCUGAACCGAAUGCCUGGAUGCGGGAGGUGCGGGCAGCCGGCCACGGCACGCGGCGGCGCGUGCCGCUCAGCCCGCUGCAGCUGCUGGAGGAGGUUCUGGUCCUGGGGCUGCGCACUGACACCGGCAUCACGCACCAGCACUGGCAGGAGUUCUCCCCACACCUGAGCCUCUGGGACGUGUUCGGGGCGCCAGGCGAGGCCAUGGAGCUGGCGGAGCAGGGCUGGCUCGUGCUGGACGGCGGCGGCCUGCGCUGCUCCUGGGACGGGCUGCCCGUGCUGGACUCGCUGCUGCCCGCCCUGCUGUGCCAGCUGCAGCGGCGCUGGGGCCCCGGCACCGACCUGGCACCCGUGUCCUAGCGCUGGCAGCAGCACGCGGCCUUUGUGGAGGUGCGGGAGGUGACGGCACUUGUGCAGUCCACGGUGCAUGAGCUCCGUUGCAGCCUGCAGAGCA